ACAUUUGGAUAUACUAGUUUAACUAAAACAAGUUAACACAAAUUAGGCUUAGAUGACGCAUAUAGUAUUCCAUAGUUUUCUCGCUAGUCAAGCAUGAUUGAGUUUUAAAAUGCUCGUCAAAAUGCACGCCACGGGCAGGGAAAUUGUUGUGGCGGCUUCAGUUGCAUUUGUCUUGGGUGUUGUAGUCGGAUACAAAUUAAAAACUUUACGUGUAAGCUAUCUGAAGAGAGUGAAAAGCUUUUAUGCUAAAAAGGCUGCUAAAAUACAGAAGAAAAUCGAAGAAGAAACUGGUUCGACCUGUUUUGACGACCCUUCGACUCAUUCAAAAGCAGCACAGAUCCCCGUCUAGUUUAAAAUAUAUCUAAAAUAUAAAAGAAAAACUGUCCGUUUUUACAAAUAAUCAUAUAUAUUUAGAAAUCUAUUUUUAUUCAAUAUCAUCAAGUACUCAGAAACCGGCAAAAUAGAAAACAAGAAGAGACCGGCUGAAAUAUGAAUGAUAUAAAGCCCAUUAUAGCCAUCCAUGGUGGAGCUUGGGCUAUACCUGAUGAUAUGUCUGAAAGAAGUGUAGAAGGAGUAAAACUUGCUGCUAAUUUGGGAUUUAUGAAACUAAAGCAAAAUGGAAGUGCAAUAGAUGCUGUCGUGACUGCUGUGACAAGUCUUGAGAAUGAUCCGGUCUUUGAUGCUGGCACCGGAUCUGUGCUUAACAGCAUUGGUGAAGUUGAAAUGGAUGCUAUGAUUAUGGAAGGUUCUGCACUAAACAGUGGUGCCGUUGCUUGUGUGCAGAACAUUGCUAACCCUAUACAACUAGCUCAAAUUGUUAUGGAAAGGACAGAUCAUGUGUUGUUAGUGGGUAAAGGAGCUAAUGCUUUUGCUGAAGAGCAUGGUGUAUCUACUGUCCCAACUGAGGUUUUAGUUACAGAAAGUGCUAAAAAGGAAUGGCAAACCUAUAUGGAAUUUAAGAGCACUAUCAAAAAUCUAUUUCAAUCAUCAAAACAAGUUGAAGGCCACAAUACUGUCGGUGCCGUGGCACUAGAUAAGUUUGGUAAUCUCGCAUGUGGUACAUCCACUGGUGGUAUCACGGCCAAAAGACUUGGAAGAGUUGGCGACAGUCCCAUAAUAGGUUCUGGUGGAUAUGCUGAUAAUAACAUAGGUGCUGUUUCAACAACUGGUCAUGGAGAAGCCAUAUCAAAAGUAUGUCUUGCUAAACAUAUCAUCCAUCUUUUGGAACAAGGAUUUGAUCCGGAUGCAGCAGCUAAAGAAGCCAUUAAUUUUAUGUUGAACAGAGUCAAUGGUUGUGGUGGAGCCAUAGUUUUAAAUAAAAUGGGACAAGCUGCUGUCAAUUUUAGUACUGAACGAAUGGCUUGGGCCUGGCAAAAUGAACUUGCUCUACAUUUUGGAUUGAAUCCAACAGAACACUUCACGGAAGUUUCGAUUGUUUGAAAACCCAUGAAUAUUUUGUAACAAAUAUUUCGCAGUAACAUAUUUUAUCAUCUACAUUUUGUCCCUAGAGUUGUCAGCUAAUUCACAAGGGACAUGUUUCGUGUGCUAAGAUAAUCUUUUUAUAAAUUCAAACAAACUACAUAUACUACCUAAAAAAAAAAA